CGGAUUGCAUAACCAAACGUAUAGCUCUAGAGAACGCUGUAUUUAUGGCGUGGGCAUUAAAUAGAACGCUCAUAUUACCUCCACUUAUACUUGGUGCGCGUUUCCCUUUUCAAGCAUUCGAUAUGCUUGAGAAUUAUUUGAAUUUUCUUAGCAAAGUUAAACAGAAAAAUUGCAUGAACAUGAAAAGCAAAAUGAACUUAACUCAUAGUGAAAAAUUACGUGAUUCUUAUACAUUUUAUAGGUGGGAUAAAUUAUUUGAUUUCACCUUUAUAUCAAGGAAUGUUAAAAUAAUUCACAGGGAUGAAUUAAUCUCGGAGAAUUUGUUCUUAAAAUUCAAUAUGUCAAAUGAUGAAGAACAAGUUUGGAGAAAGUAUGGGAAUGCACAAAAGAAUUCCUUUUAUGACAGUAGAAUGUAUGGUAACAUUAAAUCGUCAAAUAAAUUUUCAAACAAACAUUCCAUAUUAGAGCUACGUGAGCGCGAUGAAGGAUUACUUUAUUUCAAUAAUUUGUUUGGAUCCGCACUGAUUAAACUUGUAAUACCACGAAAUAUCCAAUUCAUGAAGGAGAUAAGAGAAUCAUUUAUAAUCUCAAACCCAACGUUACUUGAUAUCACGAAGAGAAUUUCUGAUGAAUUAGGAGGACGAAUGAAUUAUCUGAGCGCUCAUGCUAGAAUUGGAGACGGAGACGCAGAUUGUAAGCAAAACGAUUCCAUGACAUUCUCCAAAAUGUUCUAUCUAGCAUCUGAUGCUCCUUCGAAAGAUGUUCAAGGUUUAAAACCAAUCAUCCAAUUGCUCCCUUGCGCGUUAAUGCUGGAGGACUUUAAAGAUUUGUUAAUUCUGAUGAAUGAACUAGUUAACGAAAGAGACGGAUUAAGGAUGACCAAAUUUUUCAUUCCUAUUCUGGAUUUGAUGAUUGCUGCUAAUGGGAAGCAUGUUUUUACUAUGAGAUAUAGUACAUAUUCCUCAUAUUUGAAGAGGUAUCACCAAUAUUUAACACAAAGUGUUUAA